AUGCGCUUCACCAACCUUUUCGCCGUUCUUUCUUUCGUUGCUAGCGCCCUCGCUGCCAAAUACAUCCUCGUCUUGAACCCUAGCGCCGAUAUCGACAACUUCAGUGCCAAACUCGUGGAGAAUGGCAUCACCAUCGUCUCCGCGUUCCCCUUUUUCAACAUUCUGGUUGUCGAGACCAGUACCCAUGACGUAGCGGCGCUACAGAAGUACGAGGAGGUCUCGAGCGCGGAGGCGGAGCAGAUCUACUCAAUUGGUCUCCCGCCUUCCAGCCCGGAGCCAGCCCCGGUCGAAACCCCCUUCCCCCUUCCCGGCUGGUCCUAG